CGAUAAUCAUGAAUAUUGUGUUAGAUGAAUAUAAAAGGAAUUGGUAUAAGAAAUAAUGUUAUAGUAUGAUAGGAGUGAUUUUUUGAAUUUGCGACGAUGAGAAGCCUGAUGUGUGUGAUUAUUCUAUUUUUGUGCCAAUGGUCAUCUUGUGGAGCCAUAUCAAAAUCGAAUAUGGACGAGGCAGAGAGAUAUAGAAACAUGCCUAGAGUGGAUUUUUCUCUAGCAGACGCUCAAAAAGGUGACGUGAUUUACAAAUACUUCGAAGAUGCAGCUGAUGCCGAAGGAAAAUUUGUUACAGAAGAAAGUUUACGAAAUGGAGAAGGCAAAACAUUGAACAAAUCCUUACCGACCGUGCUGCUCAUACACGGAUGGACCACUGACGACACUUCGCCCUGGUACAAGCCCUUGAAGGACGGACUUUUCGCCCUGGGGCCGCAUAACGUCGUCUACGUCAACUGGUCCAAAGCUGGAAAUAAGUCUUACAGGGUGUCCAGCGCCAACAUCAAACCGGUGGGAAGGUUCAUAGCUCAGUUUUUGGUGUCUUCAGGGGUACCGCCUGGAAAUGUUCAGCUGAUAGGCCACUCUUUGGGAUCCCACCUGGCCGGUUUCGUAGGAAAGUCCACGUUUGAGCUAACUGGCAAGAAAUUAGGGAGGAUCACCGCCCCCGAUCCGGCGGGUCCUAUGUUCGCCGCCCCCGAGAUGGCCGCCCAGGAGCGACUUUGUGAAAGCGACGCCGAUUUCGUCGACGUCGUGCACACCGACGUCGGGUUGUACGGGUACGCGGCACCGCUCGGUCACGUGGACUUCUAUCCGAAUGGUGGGGGGCACCAGCCGGGGUGUCCGCCGAGGAAUGAGGCCGAUAACUGCAGCCACGCAAGAUCGACAGUGUAUUUAAUUGAAUCAUUGACGAUUAAAUUCAAAGCGUAUGAAGCAACUUACGAGGAAAACAACUUCAAUGUGACUGUCGCAGUCAAGCCACGAGCGAAAGAACUUAUUUUUGGGCAGCAUGUAGAUAAAAACAGUAGAGGCGUUUAUUACUUGGAGACGAAUGCUGAAAAACCCUAUUUAUCAUAAUUGAUGAUGAGCAUUGAUAUGAACUCAAUUGUGAUAACGACAUUUAAUCAUAUCAAAAGAUGAGCUAGUUACUUGUUGUAGAAGAAUGAGCAACUUAAUAUUGUAACAAAUAAAUAUGUUCAAUAGUUUA